AUGGAGCAAUUACGCACAACGUACGACGAGACCACUCGAACGUGGCGUGGUCCGACGGUCAAAACGCUGUUCAAUCCGGAAGCCAGCCUAGGUCAGGUUAUGCUCAACGUGCUCGAUCGCUCCCCGGAACGAGAGAUGCAGCGUGACAUGGACACCGGGCGGUCACUGACGUACGCCGAGUUCCGGAUGCGAUUGGUACGGUUCGCCCAAAACCUCACCAAGCUCGGGGUUCGCUCUGGUGAUGUGGUGGCGUUAAUCAACACCAACAGUGAGAAUGUGGCACCAUUAGCCUGUGCUCUGCUGACAAUUGGUGCUCCGUUUAACCCAAUCGCUCCUGGUUUUCACGAGGAUGACAUGGCGCACAUGCUGGCCAUCUCGAGGCCGAAGUUGGUGUUCUGUGACGCGGACAACUACAUCGUCGUCCGGAAGGCUCUGAAGCGUGUGUACACCCAAGCGGCUGAUCUUCCACCGGUUUAUGUGUUCGAAUGCACCCGGGAUGAUGUCCAGCACGCAGAGGACCUCCUGGCAGAAACGGGUACCGAGAAUCAGUUCAUGGCCCCAUACCUUGGUGACUCCCACAAAAAGGUCGCCGUCAUCCUUUGCUCCUCCGGAACGACGGGUUCACACAAGGGUGUUCAGUUAACGCAUGCCCUUUGUGCGUUGUUGUCUCCGCUGUACGUCUUCAUGCCCAAACCGUCCAUCGAGUUCGCGUUCAGUGCGCUCUACUGGAUGAGCGGCUUCCACUCCAUGCUGAACGUAUUCACCACGGGAGGUGUGCGACUCAUCACCCGCAAGCCCUUCAACGAGGAGACGUUCUUCGAGGUCAUCGAGAAGCAUCGGGCGUCACUUGUGUUCACACCACCUGCCUACGCAUCGGCGAUCCUGGCACAUCCUCGCUCGAAAACGGUCGACUUCAGCUCACUCAUCACGUGGGCCGUUGGUGGUAGUCCCGUACCGGAUGGGUUGAGAGAUCGCAUCGAUGCGUUGUUGGCUCCAUCAGGAGGACGUUCCUUCAACGGGUACGGAUCAUCCGAAACCGGUAGUGUGGCAGCGGAUGUGCUUGGACGCAAACCAAACGCCAUCGGUUCGAUAAUGCCAAACGUGGAGGUGCGCAUUGUGGAUGAAAAAGGACAGCGGUUGGGUGUUGGUGAGCAAGGUGAGCUGCUGGUGCGAUCGUGCGAGGGUUUCGCAGGGUACUACGGGAAUGGGCAAGCGUCAGCUGCUGCCAUAGACCCCGAGGGGUUCUUCCGGUCUGGUGACGUUGGGUUCCUGGAUGAGGACGGUUUCCUGCAUCUCGUAGAUCGGCAGAAGGACAUCUUCAAGUUCCGCAAUUUCCACGUAUCACCGACGGAUCUGGAAGAGAUUGUGUUGCGUAUCGCCGGUGUGCAGGAUGCGUGUGUUUUCGGUAUUCCGCACGUCGACGGUGACCUGCCAGCGGUGGCCAUCGUACGACUUCCCGGAGCUACGGGACCAGACGCUGAACAGGUCCGGAGCACGGUUGACGAGCAGGUGGCGGACUUCAAGCGAUUGCGCGGUGGUGUUUUCUUCAUGUCGGAGUUUCCCAAAACGCAGAGCGGGAAGGUCCUGCGCCGGAAGGUCGCUGAAGAGAUCAGACAGUUGCGUGACCGUCAACCGGAAUUGACGGGCAAAUUGUGA